AUGGCGACUUCGUAUGAUUUUUCGGGAAAGAACAUCGUGAUUACCGGUGCUGCAAGUGGAAUUGGAUUGGCAACUGCCACAGCAUUAUCAGCCUGCAAUGCCCGACUGGCACUAUGCGACCUGAACGUGAAGGGAUUAGAGUCUUUCGAUCUCGCCGAAGGAAAACACCAUGUCUUCAAGCUAGAUGUGACAUCAUCAGCCGAUAUAACCAACACCGUCAAGUUGAUCGCUCAAGAAUUCGGGACAGUAAGCCAUUUGUUCAAUUGUGCCGGUGUAAACCCGACAGCCUAUCCAUUGACUGAAACGACGGAUGAAUAUUGGAAUAAAAUCGUCGACACCAAUGUCAAGGGAACUUAUCUGAUGACUCGAGCCUUGAUUCCUCAUCUGAAAGCUGGAUCUUCGAUUGUUAAUGUCUCGUCUAUUGCUGGAUCCCGUGCCAUGGCUGGAUGGGCAAUCUAUAAUGCUUCGAAGUUUGGCAUUGUUGGAUUUUCAAAGUCCAUGGCGUUGGAGUUGGGCCCGAAACAAAUUCGGGUCAAUGUGGUGGCCCCUGGGCAUAUUCAUACACCGACGAAUAUUGCUGUAAAGCAGGGCGAUGAUGCUGUCAAGGCUGUUGGGAAACAGGCGAGUGCGAUGGAGAGAAUUGGGACUAUGGAUGAGGUUGUGGGUGUGGUGUUGUUCUUGAUGAGUGAUGCGGCAAGCUAUGUCAACGGGAGUGUGGUGGAGGUAGAUGGUGGAGCGAAGUGA